UGCUUAUGUUUUUUGCUACUGGUGCAAUCAAGAAAAAAAAAAGUUUUUUUGCUAUGGCCGUUGGCCGUUGCAUUAAAUUGAGUUCAUUUCGGUGGAUAUCCGGGAAUUGUUUUUUCAUUUGAUGUAAUAUAUGUUGAUAUAUCUUUCACACAACUUUCAACGUGUGAGAAUUAUUCGACCAUUCUUCACAAAUUUUCUAGCUGUUUUAAAAAAAUAGUGUCAAAAUACUCAAGGCACUGUUUCAACGAUCGUUCUCUUAUCCUCAGCAUUCAGCAAUGCUUUCAGUAUGGUAAUUCAACGCGUAAUGGGUUGGCAAUGGAUUUAAACCAAAUCCAGUUAGCUUUACGCUGUUGUGGACGCUUUCAAGCUAUCAAACAUGCCAAAUCACUCCACUCUCUUAUAAUAAAACUUGGCCUCUCAAAUCACAUUUUUCUCCUUAAUAGCAUCAUCUCUGUCUACGCAAAGUGUUCCCGAUUCGAUGAUGCACGAACCCUUUUCGACGAAAUGCCUCACAGGAACAUAGUUUCUUUCACAACAAUGGUCUCUGCAUUCACCAAUUCUGGGAGACCCCACGAGGCUCUUACACUCUACAACCACAUGCUGGAAUCCAAAACCGUGCAACCCAAUCAGUUUUUGUACUCUGCGGUUCUCAAGGCAUGUGGUCUCGUGGGUGAUGUUGAAUUGGGCAUGUUGGUCCACCAACAUGUAUCUGAAGCUAGGUUAGAGUUUGACACUGUUCUGAUGAAUGCCCUCUUGGACAUGUACGUCAAAUGUGGGAGCUUGAUGGAUGCCAAACGAGUUUUCCAUGAAAUCCCGUGUAAAAAUUCUACUUCAUGGAACACCCUCAUUCUUGGACAUGCUAAACAGGGUCUGAUGAGAGAUGCGUUUAAUCUGUUUGAUCAAAUGCCAGAACCAGACCUUGUGUCUUGGAAUAGCAUCAUUGCUGGUCUUGCAGAUAAUGCUAGCCCCCAUGCAUUGCAAUUUCUUUCUAUGAUGCAUGGGAAGGGCCUUAAACUUGAUGCGUUCACAUUCCCAUGUGCCCUCAAAGCAUGCGGUCUUCUUGGCGAGUUAACCAUGGGGAGACAGAUUCAUUGUUGUAUUAUAAAGUCUGGGCUUGAGUGUAGCUGUUAUUGUAUAUCAUCAUUGAUUGAUAUGUAUUCGAAUUGCAAGCUAUUAGAUGAAGCAAUGAAGAUAUUUGAUAAGAACUCUCCUCUUGCUGAAAGCUUGGCAGUAUGGAAUUCUAUGCUUUCUGGGUAUGUUGCCAAUGGGGAUUGGUGGAGGGCACUCGGUAUGAUUGCUUGUAUGCAUCAUUCUGGUGCACAGUUUGAUUCCUAUACCUUUAGUAUUGCUUUAAAGGUCUGCAUCUAUUUUGAUAACUUGAGGUUGGCAUCUCAAGUGCAUGGAUUGAUCAUCACCCGUGGCUAUGAGUUGGAUCAUGUUGUUGGAAGCAUUCUUAUUGAUCUAUAUGCAAAACAGGGCAAUAUUAACAGUGCAUUAAGAUUGUUUGAAAGGUUGCCAAAUAAAGAUGUUGUGGCUUGGUCUAGUUUGAUUGUUGGUUGUGCUAGACUUGGUUUGGGAACAUUAGUUUUUUCCCUCUUUAUGGAUAUGGUUCAUUUGGAUCUUGAGAUUGAUCAUUUUGUCCUAUCAAUUGUUCUGAAAGUUUCUUCAAGUUUGGCAUCUCUUCAAAGUGGCAAGCAAAUUCAUUCUUUCUGUCUUAAGAAGGGGUAUGAAUCAGAGAGAGUUAUUACAACUGCUCUUACUGAUAUGUAUGCAAAAUGUGGUGAGAUUGAGGAUGCCUUAGCUUUAUUUGACUGUCUUUAUGAAAUAGAUACCAUGAGUUGGACCGGGAUUAUUGUUGGAUGUGCACAAAAUGGAAGAGCAGACAAGGCAAUUAGUAUUCUGCAUAAGAUGAUAGAAUCAGGUACAAAGCCAAACAAAAUCACCAUUCUAGGUGUUCUUACUGCAUGUAGACAUGCAGGCCUAGUUGAAGAGGCAUGGACUAUAUUUAAGUCUAUUGAAACAGAGCAUGGAUUGACACCAUGCCCAGAACAUUACAAUUGUAUGGUUGAUAUAUUUGCUAAGGCAGGACGUUUUAAAGAAGCAAGAAACUUGAUUAAUGAUAUGCCAUUUAAGCCUGACAAAACCAUAUGGUGCUCCUUGCUUGAUGCCUGUGGAACUUACAAGAAUCGACAUCUUGCAAAUAUUGUUGCUGAGCAUCUUCUUGCUACCUCACCAGAAGAUGCUUCAGUAUAUAUAAUGCUGUCAAAUGUUUAUGCAUCACUUGGAAUGUGGGAUAAUUUAAGCAAAGUACGAGAAGCUGUAAGAAAAGUAGGUAUAAAAGGAGCUGGAAAAAGCUGGAUCGAGAUAUGUAAAUAAGAUAUUUCCUGACAAGUCACUGAUCGAUCCAACUUAUAAGGAAUGAUAUGUGAUUGAAAUUUGUACCGUGAAACAGUCUUUAUGUUUUGGUGACUGCCAGUUCAAUUUGAAGGUAAAAGCGCAGAAGUGUCAAAUUUUAAAGGACAUCUAGAUGGAAGAUACUACAGUGCUACACCAAAGAAUACACAAUUAAGUAUAUGCAGCCGUUCAAUUCGAUAUGCUUUCAAUACUUGCUAUGAGGUUUCACACAUUCAAUGUUUGCCUCCACCAACAAAAAGGUACAAACUAAAAAAGGCUUAGCCGUGAUUGGAACUAUAUCAUGCACCAAUUUGGUCUUUCCAAGCCAUAGAAGUGAACUGAAUAUCUGCUUGGUAAUAGUUGCAAUUUACAAAGCUUGAACAAGUGGGGGCACCUAAAUUAGGAGAGCACAGUGUUCUUGGGAAGCCACUUAGCAAGUGCAACAGUACAGUCCAAACCAUAUGAACCUGAGUACCUGACCCAUCAUGAGCACUAUGCAAACACUGGGGACAUGGGUGGGUCCCACUAGGAGAAGAGAAGAUUAAAAUGGUGAACCCCACCUCCUCAUCUCAUCAUCACUCACAGUCACUGAAUGCUUCCUGCAUAAGGCCGACUAAUUGCUGUUGUGCAACGUCUCCACCGUGCAUGCUAGUGGCACUGGCAGUGUCUUAAAUUACAUGGAAUUUAAUUUUUGAAGCCUUCCAUGGAAUUGGAAUUUAUUCUCAUGCCAUGUUUAUUUCUUUCUCAA